UAAAUAUUGGGAUUUGGAACCGGAAUCAGUUGACGGUUAAACCAACGACAGAAUUCACCUGAUGACCAAGCAUUCGUCAGCAGCUAUUAUUCCAUACAAAAUCAAGAAAACAAGGGAUUCAAAAUCUUAUGCAUAAAUCAGGAAGAAUCGAUAUCACCGUUAUGUAGCUUUGAGAUCAAAUGAGCUGAGAUUUCUGCGGGCAAGCAACGUUGGAGCUGGUUCGGUUUGGAGCUGCAAAUAAAUAAUUUUGUGCAAGCCAUUGUAUGUUGUAGUAUUAGUAUUUAAGAAGAUCAGGAAGAAUAGAAUGCAGUGAAAGAAAUGAUAAAGAGUUAUCUGAGAAUUGAAAGGGUUGAGGAAAGUGGAGGUGGCAAUUUGAGGCAUAAAGGUUGGAUUACUAUGGUCUUUUUGGGUCUCAGGUUGGUGUGAAUAAUCACAUGCUCAGCUCGAUUAGAUGAGGAUGCAUCAAAAUAAGACAUUGGUUGCGGGUUGCAUGUGGUUCAGCAACAUGGUUCAGAAAAGGAAAUCUUAAAGUCUGAGAGAUUCUGUGGAAGUAAUUUCAACCAAGAAUGGAGCUUGGUGAUGUACAUAAUAGAUCUCCCAGCAGUGGUGAUGCACACAAUAGGUCACCCUUUGGUUGCGAUUUACACGAUAUUGAAAAUGGUCACACCGUCAAUAGAAGACUACAUACAAGUAGCAGCAGCAGCCUAAACCAUGUGGACUACCAGAGCCUGUCUAAGAGAGAUAUAGAGAACCCGGUUUCUGUUUCUGAUGUGGUGAAAACAUUGUUUCUAAUACUGGCCUGGUACACAAUCAGUACAUUUUUGACACUGUACAAUAAAACGUUAUUAGGGGAUGAUUUGGGGAAAUUCCCUGCGCCACUGUUGAUGAACACCAUUCAUUUUGUCAUGCAAGCUGCUCUCUCAACGGCCAUUACGUGGUUUUGGCCUGACAGAUUUCACUCCUCUGUUAUGUCUUGGAGUGAUUAUUUUGCAAGAGUUGUACCAACGGCCCUCAGCACUGCAAUGGAUGUUAAUCUGAGCAAUGCAUCCCUAGUUUUCAUUUCCGUCACAUUUGCCACUAUGUGUAAAUCGGCAUCACCGAUAUUUCUCCUUGUUUUUGCCUUUGCUUUCAGAUUGGAGUCUCCAAGCAUGAAGCUGUUUGGCAUAAUGUUUGUCAUUUCUGCUGGGAUACUAUUAACAGUUGCUAAGGAGACAGAAUUUGAUUUUUGGGGUUUUAUAUUUGUUAUGCUUGCUGCUGUCAUGUCAGGGUUCCGAUGGACAAUGACACAGAUUCUUCUCCAGAAAGAAUCGUAUGGUCUUAAAAAUCCUCUUACUUUUAUGAGCUACGUGACACCAAUUAUGGCAAUUGCAACUGGUCUGCUUUCUCUAUUGCUGGAUCCUUGGCAAGAGUUCAGAGAGAGUGAUUACUUUAACAGCUCAUGGAAUAUUGUCAAAAGUUGUUUACUGAUGUUGUUUGGUGGAACUCUGGCUUUUUUCAUGGUAUUUACCGAAUAUAUUCUCGUGUCAGUGACUAGUGCAGUAACGGUGACAGUAGCUGGGGUUGUGAAGGAAGCUGUGACUAUUUUGGUGGCUGUGUUCUAUUUUCAUGACGAAUUCACAUGGCUGAAAGGGUAUGGCCUCGUAACGAUCAUGUUUGGUGUCAGUUUAUUCAACUGGUACAAAUACCAGAAGUUGCACAAGAGCAAGAAGCAUGGUGGUUCGCCAACUGAUGGUCCGACACCCAAAUAUACUAUCCUGGACGACAUUGAUGAAGACGAUAGCAGCCCUCUUACAAGCCCGGGUUCACAUUCUGACCAAUGAAUUUACGACCAAGCUUUUCAGCUUUCACCUAAAUCGGAAGCAGGCCAUUGCGUCUGGCAAGUGGUGGCUCUACUGGUUUCUGGAGGACAGGUACUAUGAAAUAUGCUGUCGUUUUGAUACUUGAGUUGUGUGAGCAUGCUUUGCACUUGCUAUAACUAGGCAUCAUGUUUGGAUGCUCUGAGUUGUUCUAGUUUUAGAAGCUGCUAACUAGUUUUCCCAACAUGGAUAGCUGGUGAAUUCGAAAGUGAUGGAUGAUGUGUGCACAACGUUGUACAGGAGAUUGCAUCUCUUUUUGUCUGAGAUCAUCAGUUUUCUUCUCA